UUUUUUUUAGGGGAGACUGGUAUCUCGUCGUGGGUUGAUCGAUCAUGGGCCAUGCCAGAUCGUGCGUCAUCGUUGGUGUCGAACGAGGCCCGGCCAUCACGUUGUCCGCUGCAUGCUUAUCGGCCGCGUCUCUCUCGCGCUGUUUCUUUGGUGGCAUUGCCGUCGAAGGGAGGGUGUGUUCUCUCGGGCUGAAUGGACUCUGAGCUCUUCUAUAUGGCUGCUACGGCAAGGGACUAUGCGAUUGGCAGAUGAAAGCACGAAGGAUUCAUGAACGCUUUAUGGUGCCAAUUCUUGAUCGUGUGCGACGAGGACGUUGGAACAUCGUUCAACGACAGCAGCCUAACAAGAGUCUCUUCUCUUCUCGUCGCAGGCGCGGCACCGCAUUCGUGUCGCGCAGCGCUGUUCCCACUUGAAGAACCAAGUUUGUGGCACUCGAGUAUGACUAAACAAUGUCCGGUGCUGUUGAUCGAGCGUUCGAGACUGUCCGCAUCGUGGAGGCAAACGUGAGCAUGGGUGGCGAUUGGCUCGCACGCCCAAGUGUAAGUUGUUUGUUAGCUAUUCGAGUUUGAUCAGUGUAUGUGACUUGCUCGUGUUGCAGAGCGAUGCUCCUGUUUGUAUGUGCGAGCUUGAUGAAGGCGAGGUGCGUGGAUGCAUGGAGCGGUGUUUAAAUCGUUCUAUGCGAUUCGAAUGUGCCGUCGAGAGCUGUCCCUGUGGAGACCGCUGUAGCAAUCGUCAGCUACAACAGGGCACGACGUUAAAAACCGCCGUCAUUGAUUGUGGUUUGAAAGGAGUCGGCAUUAUUGCCCUCGAAGACAUCGCUGAAGGGCGUCUCGUCGGCGAAUACGUCGGCGAAUACGUCGGCGAGUUAUUGGGACGUCGAGAGGCUCAGUUAAGAUCAAAGCUGUAUCGCGGUUAACGACACUCCUACAUGAUGCAAACUAAUGCUGAUGCAAUCAUCGACGCUACCCGUAUUGGUGGCCGCAUGCGGUUUGUAAACCAUUCAUGCGAUCCCAAUUGUCAGGUUGAGAAAUGGAGCGUUCGCGGCCAGGAACACUGUGAUUUGUUUGCGAAUAGAUGUGUGAGGGCCGGCGACGAGAUCACGUUUGACUACAACCUCGUUUCUGCCGAGAGUGAGGUGUGGCGCUGCACUUACAUGCAGAUAUUGCUUGUCUAAUAACGUUCUAUGUACUCGCAACAGGGAUUUGAGUGUUUAUGCGGGUCAAGAUGCUGUCGAGAUGUGAUUGGAACACGAAAUCGUGCGCAACAUCUCGAAUGCCAAUCGCAGCAGCCAACACCAAGAAAAAAAAGCGGUUUAUACAACUUACAUUAGAUCGUUUCUUGCAGUCUUGACAAUCGUUCUCGACAACGCUCCGUAAUUUUUCGAUGAGAGGGU